AUGGUCGGACCCAACGGCACCACCAUCAAACUCCUGUGUAGCUACGGCGGCAAGAUCCUCCCCCGCUAUCCUGACGGCAAACUCCGUUACCAAGGUGGCGAAACCCGUGUCCUCGCCGUGGAUCGCUCCAUUUCCUUUGCUGAGCUAUUGGUGAAGCUAGGAGAGUUGUGUGGGACGUCGGUGAGUCUGAGGUGUCAGUUGCCGAAAGAGGACUUGGAUGCCUUGGUGUCAAUUACUUCCGAUGAGGAUCUCGCCAAUCUCAUUGAGGAGUACGAUCGAGCUUCAUCACCGCCGUCGCCUCUAAAGAUCAGAGCUUUUCUCUCACAUCCCAAAUCUACCAAAAAAAUCUCUCCUCUUCCUUCAUUGGCCUCCUCAUCUACAUCACCAAAAUCAUCGUUGUCGUUUUCUGCUUUUGCUAGCGGUGGUGGUUCUAGUAUUCCCAGGUUUCCGAUACCGGCAGCGACUGAUCGGUGGUGCGUCCGUCAGAUACCAAAGCCGGUGGUGUUUCCUCUGUGCUACGAGAAAUCUGCCGGAAAGCUUCCUCAGUUUGCUUAUCAUGCUCAUGGAAAUACCAGCCACAUAUACUUGAUCUACCAUGGCAAUCACUGGCAAUAGCACCUAAAUUCGGAGGAGAAGAGCCCAAUUCUCUGGAAAUUAUAUAAAAUGCAAUACCAAUCCGCCAUUAAUAUGGUGAAAAGCCAAGAAAAAAAGAACCAGAAAAAGGUUUGUAUCUGAUGUAUGAGUAUGAAGGACUGUAAAUUCUUGAGCAGG